AUGGCAACAUCAUUAAGAGAACAAUGUGACAUGAAUACGAAACAACGUUAUUCUGAUAUCGAUGGUGAACCCAUGAAAUUGUUUGAUCCAAUCGAAGGCUAUCAGAAGUUACCGUUGUUGUCAUUAGAAGAGUCUGUCGAACCACUCUCGAAUCUGAUUGAUGAUUUACCACGACGAGUUUGGAUGGCAAAAGAAAACUGUCAAGAACGAAGCGACAGUUUAACAGAAGAUGAAGCUGCUGCUAUUUGCUUAUAUACUAUGGAAUGGAAAUCGAGGCAUCGAAGUCUCUAUUAUCAACUAAAUGAAACAUUACGUUCAAAAGAGAGGGCCCAACUCAUCGACGUUUGGCUGCCCUACUUGAAACUUGUUCUCACAGCUUUAUACAAGUUACCGUCGGUGAAGCAGUUAGUUUGGCGAGGUACCAAAGUGGAUUUGAGUGGCUCUUAUAAGCGAGGAAAGAAAUAUCCAUGGUGGGGUUUCAGCUCGUGUACAGAGUCGAUUGAAGUUCUACAAUCGAAAGCGUUCCUUGGCAAAUCUGGCACUCAGACUAUGUUUUGUAUAGAAUGUCAAAAUGGCAAACUGAUCACACCAUAUUCUCUUUUUCCAGCUGAAAAUGAAAUUCUCUUACUUCCAGGCAGCUAUUUUGAAGUGUCGGGCACGAGUGAUUUUCAUGAUGGUUUACACGUUAUACAUGUGAAAGAGAUCAGUCCACCAUAUGCAUUAAUAGAAUCACCAUUUGCUACUGAUAAUUCGAUAAGCCAAGGAGCGAGAAGUGGUCUGAGCGUCGAACGAAAGAAGGAUACUAAAGAUAUUCUCCAGAAAGCAGAAGAAACGCAAGGAAAGAAAACCAGCAUUGGUACAACACCCAAAGAUGACUGGCAACAUUCAAACACAAUGACAACACCUGAAUAUAAAGAUGCCAAAAAGCCAUUAUCGAAAGAUAUUGAAACAACUGUUGAUAAGCUCAAAUUAGGGCAGGUGGACGUUUUGGAUCUUAGUGGUAAACUAGCAUCGAAAGAAGACACAAUGGCUAUCGCUGAAGCAUUGAAGAUAAAUAAAACAUUGACUGAGCUUGGGAUAUCCGAGAAUAAUAUAUCGCAUCAAGGCGCAAUGGCGAUUGCUGAAGCAUUGAAGAUAAAUAAAACAUUGACGCGGCUGUGGAUAUCCGAGAAUAAUAUAUCGCAUCAAGGCGCAAUGGCGAUCGCUGAAGCAUUGAAGAUAAAUGAAACAUUGACUAAGCUUUGGACAUACAAGAAUAAUAUAUCGGAUCAAGGCGCAAUGGCGAUCGCUGAAGCAUUGAAGAUAAACAAAACAUUGACUGAGCUUGGGAUAUCCGAGAAUAAUAUAUCGGAAGAGAAGAGAAAAGGAAUUAAGCGAGCAUGGAAUAAGAGGUCGUCGAGUCUCUAUUGUUAA